AUGUCUCGCUACGCUGCCGUCCACGUCAAGCCGGAAGGCCCAGGUGAUGGUCGCCCUACUGCUCUUCAAAUCAUUCAAGACGAAGGUGUUAAAGGUAAGCUCCGGGGCCAAGUCUUCGUUAUCACUGGUACCUCAUCUGGUAUUGGGAUCGAAACUGUACGUGCCAUCGCCGCUACUGGAGCUACCCUUUAUUUGACAGCCCGGGAUCUCGACAAGGCCAAGUCCGCGCUUGAUGGCAUCUUCGACCCGUCUCGAAUGGAGCUCUUUCAGAUGGACCAAGGGUCUCUUUCCUCUGUACGCGCAGCCGCCACUGCUAUUUUGGAAAAGACCUCGAAGAUUCAUUGCCUUAUCAACAAUGCUGGUAUCAUGGCCAUCCCCGACCUUCGCUUUACUGCCGAUGGCCAUGAGCUUCAGUUCGGCACAAAUCACCUCUCUCACUUCCUCUUCUUCAUGCUACUUAAACCUGCACUACUUGCUAAUGCCUCUUCUGCCCUGCCUUCCCGGGUUGUUAAUGUGUCCUCCUCUGGUCAUAAUCUACACGGCAUCAAUGAUACCGACAACUACGCGUUCGAGCGCGGUGACUACGAUCCCAACGCUGCUUACGGCCAGUCCAAGACAGCCAACAUCUACAUGGCCAACGAAAUUGAACGCCGCUAUGGUGCUCAUCAUCUGCAUGCAACUAGUGUUCAUCCAGGUGUUGUUGCUACUGCGUUGACUAGACAUAUGCCACCAGACGCUUUUGCGGGGAUGGAGCACAUCAUGCCAUUGAUGAAGAGCGUCGAGCAAGGUGCUGCAACUACUGUAUGGGCGGCAGUCAGUGAUCUAUGGAAGUAUAGGGGUGGCAAGUACCUUGUCGAUUGCGAUUUGGCCAAGCCGGGAUCUGAAGGGGAGGAUAAGUGGAUUACAUCUACAUACGCUGCCUACACCUAUGAUGCCGAGAGGGAAGGUAGGCUUUGGAGGGACUCGCUCAAACUCGUGGGAGUUGAUGAGGAGUAG